AUGCCUGUCUUUUCUGACCCACAGACGUCUAUUUCGCCUGCCCCGUCGGCCGCUUCGGCACCCUCCACCGCAUCCUCUGGUCCGGCUGUCUCGCCUGCCGUAGAGUCCUUUCCGUCCGCUUUAUCUUCUGUCGUCUCCCCCUCCGCGGCGUCUGAUCCGCACUCGGCGGCGCCCGGCAGAACAGAGCAAACUUCGAAGGAAAGCCUCCAUUCCUUCUUUGCGUAUCGUCCUUCUCUUCUAGCUUCGAGCCUCGCGAUUGCGCCUUCGCCUUCAGCAUCGCUCCCUCACCCCGCCUCGGUGCUUUCUUCUCCGCUCGCCUCUCCUCUAUCUGUGUCGGCGACGCGCACCGUCUCGCCGCUCGCCUCUUCGCUCGCGGCGGCCUCUCCUCUGUCUCCUUCGUCUCCUUUUUCUUCUCCCGCCUUCGCCGCCCAACAAGACUGCUGGCAGUGCCGCUUCCUCGGCGUUUCGCUCUUCUCAGGCGUCUGUGCAGCCGCUCUCGUUCGCGCCGUGAAGUCGCCCCCCGCGUCUGGCGACCGCAGGUUCUUCUCCGUCGCCGCGGCGGUCUUCGCGUUCUUGGGCUCCCCUUCUGUCCCCGCGGCUCUCAAGCCCGCGCUGCCGGCGGGGUCUCUGGGCCCCACGUUCGCCGCUCCAGCCGCGGCCGCCAGGGCGCCCUUUCUCGCCGGGAAGGCCUUUGCCGAGCCCCCCGCGGGCGGGUCGCUCGCCGCGGGCUCUUCGCUGUCUUCUUCCUCUAUGGGUUCGUCUGGGUUCUCUUCUGCGUCGCUGGCUGCGUCCUUGGCUGCGCCUCCGACCGCGGCGCCGCCGGGAUCUCUGCAGCCACAAGUGGGUGCGGCGUGCGACGUCUGCGACGCGGUUCAGGGCAUUCUGCGGGAGAUGGACGAGAAGUUCUCCUCGAUGACUGAAUCGAUUUUGAACCGUCUCGAUGACAUGAGCGGAAAAAUCGACGGCCUCGAGCAGCAACUGCAGGCGGCACUUAUCAGCGAGGAAGCCGACUACGCAGCCGCGAUCGAGGCCCGCGACCCGCGCACAGGCACCGGGCAGUGA